GGAGGAUUGGAAGGGAGGGGAGGAGAAGGAAGAGAAGAGGAGGAGGAGGAGGAGAAAAGGGGGAGGGGGAGGAGGGGAAGGAGGAGGAAGGCUCUCAUCGGGAGCUGCCUCCUCUGGGGCCAGUGGGCAGUGGGGAACCCCCACCGACAACCCCAGGACCCCCAGAGCCCAGACCCAGCUCCCUACAGCCCCCACGUCCCCUGAAGCUGAAGGUGGGAGCCCAGCAGCGUGCGUGCUUCCUUCCCCGGAUUUUCUCUCCCAGAGCGCUCUGGAUGGGGAGGAAGAGGAGGCACCAGCCAGAAGCCCCUCAGGCAGCUGACAAUGGCCUGGAGGAUGAGAAGGGAGAAAAAACAGAGACACCGAAUGGAGCAGAGCUGUGUUCUGGACGAUCCAAGGGGAACUUAGCCCAGAAGGCAAACUCAACACCACAGCGCCAACCACGGCAAAGCUCCAAGGAACCAAGUGGAGAAGUGAGGCUGGAGCCCCAUGGCCACUGGUCAUCGAGUGUGGGUGGAAGCCCAAAAGGCUGCCAGAGGGAUCCCACGGUGGGGAGAUCCUAUAACAUCAGUGAGGCCGGGAGGCCGGGAGGCACAGCACACAGAGCCUCCUACGGGUGUCCAGACUGUGGGAAGACCUUCAGCAGGAGGUCGUUCCUCGUCCCCCACCAGAGGAUCCACACCGGGGAGAAGCCCUUCACAUGCCACGAGUGCGGGAAGGGUUUCCGAGUGGGGUCGUCCCUCAACAAGCACCAGCGGAUCCACACGGGGGAAAAACCCUACAAGUGCUCAGUCUGCGGGAAGAGUUUCCGCCUCAGCUCCACCCUCAGCACCCACCGGAAGGUUCACACCGGGGAGAAACCCUACACGUGCUUGGUGUGUGGGAAGGCUUUUCGUGUGAACUCAUACCUGCUGGCCCACCAAGCCACCCACAGCAUGGACAACCCCUUCCAGUGUCCUGCCUGCGGGAAGCACUUCAGCAUGAGGAGGUAUCUGGCCAUCCACCAGCGGAUCCACACAGGAGAGAAGCCCUUCAAGUGUCCAGAGUGCAGGAAGGGUUUCAGCCGGAGAUCCAUCCUCAUCGUCCACCAGAGGACCCACACUGGGGAGAAACCCUACAAGUGCCCCGAGUGCGGGAAGGGCUUCAUCAUGAGCUCAGACCUCGCGGCCCACCAGAGAAUCCACACCGGGGAGAAACCCUACAAGUGCCUCAGCUGUGAGAAAACCUUCCGCCUGAGCUCCCACCUGACAAGGCACCGGCGGUGCCACACUGGGGAGAGGCCAUACAAAUGCACCGACUGCGGGCAGAGCUACACCGACAGCUCUGGCCUCAUCAAACAUAGGAGGCUCCACGCCAGGGAGAAGAAGUCGACACUCAGCACAGCUCAGGGAGCAAGGAAGAGACACUACAAAUGCUCCCACUGCGGUAAGAUCUUCAGUAUGAAGUCAGCCCUGAUGGUCCACCAGGUGAGCCACACCGGAGAGCGACCCUACAAAUGCCCCAAGUGUGAGAAGACCUUCAGCCACAGCACGGCCCUAGGGAAACACCAGUGGGUCCACACCAGGGAGAGACCCUUCAAAUGUCCCGACUGCGGGAAGGGCUACACUGACGGCUCCACAUUGCGGAGGCACCGGAGGAGCCACACUGAGGUGAGACCUUAUAAGUGUCCCGGCUGCGGGGAAUGCUUCGGCAUCAUCUCCGCUCUCCUGAAGCACCAGCGGUUCCAUACCAAGGACAGGCUUUACAGAUGCCCUGACUGCGAGAAGAGCUUCCACUCUAACUUUCUCCUCGUCACCCACCAGCGAACCCACACAGGAGAGAAACCCUACACCUGCCCCACCUGCGCCAAAGCCUUCCGCCAAGCUUCCCACCUUACACGGCACCAGAAGAUCCACACAAGGAGUGGGGCUGGCACUGCAUGGCAUGCGAUGACCCCAUAGCAAUUCCAAGUGGCACUCAGCAAUGGCACAGGGACUGAUCCAGGAAUCUCAACCACCUCAAGCCCACUGGCUGCCACAAGUCACUCAUCCCAAGAAGCCUUGACCUGUAUGCUGCCAGCCCGGUAAGCACUGUAGGGUACAUCCUGCUCACCCAGAUGUUAACUGGAGCCCAGAAUUAACCAGUUACUGGUUACAGCAUGACCACACCACCCUUCUGUAGCAUGACCCUUAUUUUUUCUCACCCUGUCAACACGCCUUUGGGUUAAGGCUGCGACCACUCUUGUAUUUUAAGUUUUUAUUUACCCUUAGUUCCUAUUCCUAUUCCUUUAUCCCUGAGUCCCUCUCCUACUCCCCUUCCCAAACUGACCACUCCUGCCCAACUCACUCUCAGCUUCACUCCCAUCGUUACCAAAGUCGGUCCCAGAAAAAUCAUAUGUAACCACUACUUUUGGAUCACAAUUUGUCCUUUAAAUGUGUAGAGCUGGCACUGUUAAUUAGUGCAUCCAGACUGAACCUUCUUGCCUCCUGCUGGCCAAGGAUGGCUCUGUUAUCACACUCUAAUUCUGCUCAGCUUAUGCCCAUACAAAGAUUUUACAGGGUAUUUGGGGACUUAAUGUUGUAUCUGGGGACAGGCACAGGAGUGCUUUAUAGUAUUGAUGCUGAAGUCCUGGCCAAUAAGCUAGACACACAACUACCUUGCUGUGCAAUUGUCUCAUUUGCUUACAAUCAUCAUUUAAGUUGGGAAUGGGGUCAUAAAGGUUAACCCUUUAUGAGAAUGUAUAGACCAUGGUGACCAUGUGUUAUCUCUAAAUGUCAAGGGAAUGUUUCCUUGGCUUUGAGCUGCCUUCAAACCCAACCAUGGGUGCAAGCUGAAACCAUAAGAGAAGGUGACACCUGCUGAAAUUCAUGGAGGUGCCUGAGACAAUGCUGCUGAUACUGAAUGCCAUCGACAAGCCCAGUGACACUUCGCAAACUUUGCUUGCCAUGACUUAGAACCGUAUGAGAUGCUGAGGGUAUCGACCCCUUCUUUGGGUUCCCACCAAGCUGGACCCAUGGUCUGUUAUCCCAUGGAUCACCAGCAGGGAAGGAAAGGAUGGUGACUGGUAGAUGCUGAAGAUUGCAUCCCCAAGUCAAGAGUUUGGGUGUGAAGGGAAAUCCCGUCGAACCCCUGAUCUGUGCCUUAAGUCGCUUGGGGGAAUCCAUCCCCGUUGUGUCCCAGCGAUCCCACUGAGAUGACGCUGCGUACGUUUACAAUCUUUGGAUUAUUUUGGGUGUAUUGACUCCGAGUAGCCAUACUACAAGUGUUCUUCUGUGUUUCCAUAAGUUUACUACCCAACCUAUUUGUGAUUUUAACUGCAUUGCCCCAAUUACCACUUAUCAAGCACUGCCAACUAUACUCUCUACUACAUAUCGCCCCUAUCCCUAUCCGUAUGAAUUUCUCCCUAAUUGAACAGUAGAGUAAGGUCCAAGUCACUCAGCCAAAGAAGCCCUGAUAACCACAGUCGUGUAAGUCUUUGCAUGCCUAGAUAUUAAUUUUAGCCCGGCAUUAAUAAAUUAUUGGAUUUUCUGUUGUUUCAAGCCAGAAAACUGUGCUACUGUUUCUCAUGCUGUUAUUUUGAAAUAAAUAGUUUGUUCCUAAAGCUGUUGGUCUGGUGUCUUUACCAUAUCCCAAACCUAUAACUCAGCAGGGCUGCCUCAAGCCCCCACAGCCUGGCUGGGGGGAGAAUUCAUGGCUCUGCUAAUGAGCAGGGACUCAUUUAGCCACAAUAACUCAUUUGCUCAUCUAUCACAGUACCUCCAGCAGCCAGCCAACAGGUCUGCUAACUCUGGUUUCCAUGCCAAAGCUUCCAAACAAGAAUUGCACUUUAUAAUCUGAGCUGCAUUUUUUUCUGAAGAAAAGCUAGAUGCAGUAACUAGAGAACAAAACCACGAUUUUAUUUGACAAAAUAGCUCAUUCUCUAGGGG